GUACUUUAACAAUGACUAAAAUUAAUCAUCAAUUUGUCUUAUAAUUUAUUAAUAUGUAUGCUUUUUUGUAACGAAAAUUUUACGAGUCCAAAUAAUUAUUAUCAUUUUUGUUUUUUCUUUCUGCUUAAUCAUGUUUAUUUAUUUGUAACUAUUUAUUGUAAAACGUUGCAUUAUAAUGCGACUUAAUAGAAAUAUUAUGUUUAUAUUAUAUAUUAUAAUUAGUACAUUAUUAGUAGUUAUAUUUAAAAAUUUGCUUUAUAUUAAAUCUAUGUGCUAUCGUUUGUUACACAGAGUGGCGGUGGUGACGAAUUGUGUCCUAGAGCGAUGGCUUCCGUGUCGUGCGGACAACUUUUGGUGCUGAGGAAGCUGGCACUGAUGAAACUGACGGCGUGCAUGGAACGACAUUGUCCAACUCAUCGCACUGGCUGGAACUGGCAACUUCCGAAGUUUAGGAGGAAAAUUAAGUCGCCCGAUUACAACGACAAGGCAGUUUUCGGAGUGCCGCUUUUAUUAUCUCUGCAGAGAACUGGUCAAGCAUUACCAAGCUGCAUUCAGAUCGCCCUAAGAUGGCUGAGAGCUAACGCUAUAGAUCAAGUGGGCAUUUUUAGAAAGAGCGGCGUCAAAUCUAGGACACAAAAUUUGAAAGUCAUGAUGGAGACCGAGGGGGAUAAUGUUAAUUUUGACGGGCAGCAGGCAUUCGACGUCGCCGAUCUUCUGAAACAAUAUUUCAGGGAGCUGCCGGAGGCUUUGUUAACAAACAAGCUCUCAGAGAUAUUUAUCGCCAUUUUCCAACAUGUCCCGGUGGAGUUACGACCUGAUGCCGUGCAGUGCGUCUUAUUGCUGCUUCCGGACGAGAAUCGUGAAGCAUUGGAGAUCCUGCUUGACUUUCUCAAUCACGUUGCCAGCAACUCGCCCUCCAAUCAGAUGACAGCCUCGAAUCUGGCUGUGUGUCUGGCUCCGAACCUGUUUCAUUUUAAACACAGCACGGAUGUGACGAACAGCGUGUCGCCACGUAGGCGAAAGACCAUGGGCAUUCCCGAUCAGCGGGAACUGUCGGAAAACAAAGCAGCUCACGACUGUCUUUUGUUUCUGAUCAAGAUGCAUCGUGAAUUAUUUAUGGUCUCGUCGGACAUGCUGUCGCUGUGUCACUUCCGCAUUAAGUAUGUGGAAGAAAUUUCGGUCGCGAUAGACGAACUCGGCCCGGAAAUGAAACAGGAUUGGAAGGGUUACCUAUACGCCUGCACCAUAGAGUUGCUGAAGGAAGUGGGAGAAAACAGAAGUUGCGAUUGGGUCACGGUAGACAGUCCUGCCGAUAACAGCGUGGAAAUGGCGUAUAAAAAGGUCGGCGACGGGCACCCGCUUCGUCUCUGGCGAGUGUCGACUGAAGUCGAAGCUCCGCCAAACGAAGUGUUGCAUCGUGUUCUAAGAGAAAGGUACACCUGGGACCCGCAACUGUUAACGUACAGACUGGUGACCAAGUUGGACACCAAUGCGGAGGUCGUUCAAUACUCCACCGGGAACAUGAGUCCUUUGCCCGCUCGAGAUUAUUGUGUAGUAAGAUCUUGGCUUAAUCUUGCCAAAGGUGCUUGCGUCAUUGAUGAAACAUCCGUGCAUCAUCCUGACGCUCCUGUCAUGCUCGGGGGAACUCGCGGCAUCGUUUUGGCCUCGCGUUAUCACAUCGAACCAUGUGACAGCGGCAAAUCCCGCAUUAUGCAUUUAACCAGAGUCGAUAUGAGGGGUCGCACACCUGAGUGGUACAGCAGAAGCUACGGGCAUAUCGCUGCUCUCCAUCUGAGCAAAAUUUGCAAUUCCUUCAAACGUACCACUGAUGGGUAAAAGAAAGUAAGGUUUGAGAAUCGAGUACCGUGCAACAGCCAUCGUUGCACGGAUCUGCCUUUCCUUCCUCCUCUUCGUCUCACACUACAAGUAGUACUCGUCGAGCAGCAUUAUGACCAAAGGAUCCUAAAGGACGUACUACAAGUCCACCCUACCAUCGACGACGAAUAAUCGGUCAGUGCAAUCAGCAAUCAAAACCCACCGAUGUCGUCGGUAACUUUAUUCAGUAACUGUUUUUAAAUUCAACAACCUAUUUUAUUGUAUAAUAGUACAAUAGUACAAUUCUUCUCCGUAUGACGUUUGUAUACGGUCCAAGAAUCUUGCCGUCCGUUUGUCAUAAGAGUUUUGAAGAUGCGUGAUACAAAGAAUAAGAAUGAACAAGUUGCUCAGCAAUUUUAAUAAUGAAGAUGGCUUAGACGCGUCUAUCAGUAAAUUAACUAUUUUGGGAUACAAAGGACGACUCGUUAUUUUUGCAGUUUUGAUGCUGUUUUAAUGUUAUUUUGAAAAUUUAUAGAUUCUAUUGAAUCUCGACUUUGCAUUUGAACGCGAUUCUUGCAAUCGCAUCUUACUGCAGUUUUUUCUUUCUUUUUUUUAAUAUGAUGGCAUUUUAAUGCUAAAAAUUGAAAAAUGGUCAAUAAACACUUUCAGUUGUGAGAUAGAAAAUGAACGUCAUUCGGUGUCUUCGAUAACUAUAUCUAUGUGUUUGUGAGAAUAACGACUCUCCAUGGAUUUAUUUUGUAUUGCUGCAAUUUCAUAUCUUUGAUAAAAAUAAGAGUAAAAAAAGAAUGUAGGAGCACGAUCAAAUAAGAAGUGAUAUUAACGAUAUUUUCUAAUAAGAAAUGACACUGACGAUAUUUUUCCGUAUCUUAAUCACCGAUACAACUUUCUGCAUAUAGUCAUUUUGGUUUUUACAAAUUAUGUAGAUUACAAAAUAUACACAUAUACACACAGCUGAAAUUGUUUAAAAGUUUAUUUUUAAAGGCUAAAAAUUCAUUAUUAAACUUUAUAUCAAUCAUUUUUCUAUAACGGAGACAAGAUCUCAAAAUAAACAAAUAAAUCUGUGGGACCAAGUUUUGUCGUGAUAAAGCCGCCACAGAAUAUUCUACAGAUACUUAAACUUAAUAGAAUACAGUCGUGUAUUAUAGAAGCUGUUGUUGUAAACGAAAUUGUAUCUAAGUUGACGUCGUUUGUACGUAACUGUUUGUGAUGACGAUAUAUAUUAAUCGAUUAACGUUUCCAUCAGUCGCCUAAAAAUGGGACAAAGCUUAAGAUAGGGUGCUGUCUUAAAGUACAAAUUUCACGUGAAUUUCGUAUAUUUUUUUUGGACCAAAUGCCAAUUUUUCUAGUCACAUAGCUUUAUCACGUUAAAGUAAUCGAGGAAUUUUCUUCCUCUCCUAUAAAUGUUGUCAUACGUAGACGAGCAAAUAUGUAAAUGUCGCAUACGCAUGUACAUCACGCGUGUCUAUUUAUAAUCGUGUUUGUUACAUGUAAAAAAGAAAACUACGC